AAGACAGAGUGAAAAAAAAAAAGGACGCAGCAAAACUACCAACAAAACGACCUCCAGGAUCUCGAUUCUCUCUCGCUCAACAUCCUAAGACAUCAUCAGAUUGCUGCUGCUGCAGGCAGCCGUCCGGCGUUGCCCUCGACCGCGUUCCUGCUCCCGCCGUCCUCGCGCAUAAACUGUGGCCCUUUGCUGUGGAACCAACCGUCAGCGGAUGGGCAUGUCCUCGUUGGCCUCUCGCACAGCUGAGUGAAGAAUCGACUCUUGCGAUAGCCGAGUGGAUAAGCAGACAGUCAGGAGCAUUCCGGGGGAUUCACUACAAAGGACGAGAAGAGCGCGCGCGCUGGCUGGCAUGGCGGGAAUUGCUGCAGCAGAACCAGCGGACGCAUCGAUUCACCAUGACCCCAACAACAUCACGGCCACCAGCGCCUUUCACAGUUCCUACGACCAUCCAUCGAUAGCACAGGAUAAUCUUCGGUCCACAUUGAAGACUCGCCAUUCCGCAGACUCUCCUCCUCAGGCACGACAUUCACGACACAAUCAUGUCAACGGCACCUCGCUGUCUCGAACAUCGUCUGCUGCUGGCUCUGGACGGAACAAUCUGACCGAGUCCACCUACCUGACUCCCCAUGCCGGGCGCAAGGAUAGCAGUCUCAGCCGCACUCACAGUGAAGCUGACAGUCUGCUGGACCUUUACAGCCGUGAUUCUGGCAACCGUAGCGUCUCAAGCGUUCUCGAUGCCUCGGAGAGGAAGGAAAACAAGCCUUUCUAUCAGAUAGAAGCUGAAGACCCAGAGCAUGCCCAAUGGAUACACCGUGACAAGCUUGCGAAGAUUGAAAGUGAGGAGUUGCAGCAGCUCGGUAUCCGUCUACCUGCACCAUUUACUGGCAGCAAGAGAGGGAGAGGCCGUAGCCAUGAAGCUGCCAAUGGAAUCAAUGGAGUUGUUACGACAGAGCAAGGCGAGCAAUGGCCUGCUCUUGCCAAGGAUGAGGCAGAGAAACGGCAUAGACGUGGCGGCUCGUCCGAUGCCCGAGUUGAUGGGAUCAUUCCACUGGAAACUGAAGAUAAUGAAAUAAUCAACUUUGACCCCCGGCUUCCAGAGGAGAUAGCGGCCGACCAGGAGGAGAACGACGGUGUAUACCGACAGCCUGGCCUGCGGAAGAGCUCGUCUCGAAUCCCCGUACUAGCAUCAAGCCAUCAUCCCAUACCGCAAGAGCAUCUCGACCGUGGAGUCCCGCUACCGCGUACUCGGAAUAAUACGCUCGACAAUGGCAACGAGGACAGCAUUGUCUAUCCCAAAACCCGUAGACCUAGCGAAUCAGCGUUCCGUGAACGAGAAGUGACUCCUGACUCCGAGUCAAAGGCGGAAAUCACCACUCAGGAUAGCAACAGCACGAACACCUCCCAUCCUUCCCCGUCCAAGGCAAAGACGCCCUCCAAAUCCACGCCAACAGGUCGGAAGACGUCACAGCCGCCGAACAACCGCAAAACCUCCGUCACCCAGAAGCCCAAGACUCCCAACAGCAACAACACCGGCAGCAGCACCAACAGCACCCCGAAUGGUCGCCCAGGAACACGGUCAGGCGAUAAUCGUCCACCCAGCGCCGCAUACUCUGCUAUGAACAGACCCGAUAGUGACCCUCCAUGGCUGGCAACGAUGUAUAAACCCGAUCCUCGUCUUCCUCCUGACCAGCAGGUCAUACCUACACAUGCGAAGCGCAUGCAACAAGAGCAUUGGGAGCGAGAGGGUAAAGUACCCGCCAUCUAUGACCGGGACUUUUCUCCUCUCACCAUCCAGACGUAUGACAGCAACGGGGCCGUCACGCCGUCACCGCAGCCUACGGAGCAAGAGCAGGAGGAUAACAGCCAGCAGCAAGCUCAACAAGAGCUACAGCCACUACCGGAGGCUUUAUCACCUACAAAACCGCCGUCUAUAAGAGUUAAGAGUCCCGACCCCUCUGGUAACAAUGCAUCCGGGUACAAGGCUGUCCCCAACAUACAGUCCACGACGCCCGCGCAGCCUAGGCUGAACUCGUCUUCGGCCCUUGCUCAACAAAGUCCGAUUGUUGUAAAACGACCACCAGUCAAAGAGAAGGGCUGCAGUUGCUGCAUUGUCAUGUAGCACUGUCCAUCAUACCUAUAACCUAUACCCCAUAUCCAACUGACCUUUCGAUGAUCAAUGCUUUCUUUUCUCAGGUAACUUUCUUUUUCCCUCCCCUUCUCUCUCGCCCUCUUUUCUCCUUCUUUCCCUUAUAUCCGUUUUUCUAUAUCGAUUUUCGUUCAAUAUUUGCUGCUCUCAGCUUUCCAACUGCCGUCCACGUCUAUUACCCCCUUGAGCGUUCAAGCUAUCUACCUUACAUAUCCCACUCCCGGCCUAACGACCAUUCUUUUCCUUUCUCCUUGUCUUCUCGAAGCCCCAUACCCACGCUCUCCCCUUCUGUGUUUCUUUCUGAUCUGGUUAUUUCUUAUCUUCUCAAUAAAACUUGGCUGGUGAUUGGCGAUUUGGCUCUCUGAAUAUUUAUCUUACCCAUUAAGAUCGAAUUGGAACUUCCAACUGUACACAUCUUCUACUUUUACUUCUUUUUGUCUUUUAUUUUCUUUCAAUUCAAUUUCAUACCUUCUUUCUCCUUAACUUACCGCUUUUUGACUGUUAAUUUCUCUCAAGUCCCUUUGCCAGUCGGCAUUCCUCUUUUAUUGCGUUAUCAUCUAGCUAUCCAUCUAGAUGUCUUCUCUCCCUCUCUCCUUACAGACUAUCUCCAUCUACGCUUGACCCGGACAUAUCACCUCUCGAUACCCUCGAAACCACUCCUGGUUGUUUCUUUACCAAUAGCUUCACUCCCAUCUUAUGCGUCCCAGGCUCUUUUUGUUACUUUUUUUUUUUUGUUUCUGAAAAUGUUGAAGAUUGAAGAUUGAAACCUCUCACUCCCGUCAUUCCCGGUCCACCUCCCUUCCCCUUUCCCCCCUUCAAAUUGUUCCCUUGAGCCAGUGUGCCCCUUUGCCAGCGCAAAACACAGUGCGAUCUUCUUGUCUCUGCCACUCACCAUCUCCUUUACUUAUCCAGUCCGGUUUGUUCCUCCCCUGCUGUCCUCUUUGCUGCCGUUGCUCUUCUGUGUGUUUUGUCCCUUCACAAACCUGAUGGCAGUCUGGUCCGGUUUAGCAAGUAGCAUCCGCUCUUUAGGCAUGUUUUGUUAUCUUUUCAAAUAGAGUGAAUUGAAUAACCAGCAUACCGUUUUCGUAGAGUAUACUGUGAUGCCUUAUGUGUUGUAUGACUGCAUGAUGUAUCUCCCUCCUGGGUGUAAUCAAAAUCAUGCGGAAUGGCAUGCCCAACCCGACUCACCCCGAAUAGCCGGCAUCAGGACACCUCCAGCCAUCUCAUCCAUCCAGUUAUGCCCGUCUGGACCCUGCAGUCAGGCCCUUGUAGCUCAUUUUUCAUCUGCCGUGAUCUGCGGCCUUCGUAUCGAGAUGUUC